CUGCCGGGCUGACGUCACGCGCGGCGGCGGCGGCGGCCGAGGCCCCAGGGCGGAACCGGAAGUGGCGGCGGGCGGCGGCGGUCGCUUGGUGGCAGGAAGCAGCAGAGACGGCCCUGAGUGUCGGGCUUCGCGGCGACCCCUCAGAGCCCGAAGCCCCGAGGGAGCCGGCGGAGAAGCGGCGGGCGGCCCGUGGAGGGAAAGAAGGAAGGAGAAGCAGCAGCAGCAGUACCGGGUCCUCCAAGGCGGGCCGGCCGGCCGCUGGGGUGGAGCGAUUCCUGAACAGAAUAUAGAAAACACAUCAUCCUGCGAUCUGUUCUGUCUGUAGAUCUCCUGGCCAUCUGCUUUGUCGUGACUGGCGCCCAGCAGUUCUGACAACAGUGGAUACGUUCCCUCUCCUCUGAAGAUCUGAAAGGCUUCUGUCGAGAGCGUAUUUCAUUGGAUAUAUUGGGCCCGUUCUCAGAAAGGGGAUCCAUGUACACCCCAAGCAGCUCGGUGUUGCCCAGCGGGCGGAGGCAGAGAGGUCAGGAUGGAAGCGCUUUGCCAAAGCAGCCAGAAAGAAGCCUGGCUUCUGCCUUGCCUGGUGCCCUCUCCAUAACCGCUUUGUGUACUGCACUGGCAGAGCCCGCCUGGCUACGGAUUCAUGGGGGCACUUGUUCUCGCCAAGAGCUGGGAGUCGCUGAUGUGCUUGGAUAUGUUGACCCUGCAUUACUUAAAGGCUACUGCAUGAACCCCCAGACGGUGUUACUGCUGCGGGUUAUUGCUGCUUUCUGCUUCCUGGGAAUUAUCUGCAGCCUUUCUGCCUUCCUGUUGGAUGUGUUUGGACCCAAACACCCUGCACUGAAGAUCACUCGGCGCUAUGCAUUUGCCCACAUCCUCACAGUGCUGCAGUGUGCCACCGUGAUCGGGUUCUGCUACUGGGCCUCGGAGCUGAUUCUCGCACAGCAGCAGCAGCAUAAAAAGUAUCACGGCUCGCAAGUCUACGUCACCUUUGCCGUCAGCUUUUACCUGGUGGCUGGAGCCGGCGGGGCCUCCAUCCUAGCCACGGCUGCCAACCUGCUGCGCCACUACCCCACCGAAGAGGAGGAGCAGGCCUUGGAGCUCCUCUCUGAGAUGGAGGAGAACGAACCUUACCCCGCCGAGUACGAAGUGAUCAACCAGUUCCAGCCGCCUCCGGCGUACACACCGUAAUGCUACCACCGAAUGCCCAGGCCUGGGGCAGAGAAGCUUUCUACCAGCCCAGACCCAGCGCCUCAGUGCACACUGUUGCUUGGGAACACAUUCCCUUCCCAUGGGGCCACUCACUGGUGCUUCUUUUCCCAGGUGGCUUCCUCACUCUCACGACCUCCAGGCCAAGGAGAGAACUCGCUUUGGAGAGUUGCCCGAGCAGGGCCUCCUUCCCUCGUGCAGCAGCCUCCAAAGCAAGCCCUUUGUUCUGGGGCUGUGGCUUGGGUGGUUUUUGUUCCCCAGUCCCCUUGCAUUGUUCUUUACACCGAGUGGCUGAAAUAACUGGCCGGCGUGACCCAACGGUAGCUUUGCAUUUUCUGUGUGAUGCCACAGACUUGGCCCCCGUGGCCCAGAUCCAUGCACUCCCUUGCACGUACUCCUGGGCAUAGGCCAGAGGAGGCCUCGCCUUGUCUGUGAAAGACAGCAUGUGCACAGCUUGACUGAGUGGGAGGGGGGAAGAGGGGUCCACUUUUUUUGCAUUGCGAUAAGAUCUUUCACACUGGUAGACACACUCGCAGCCGCGGCGGCACAUGGGGUAGCCGAGCACUGUCUGUCCCCCUGGCCUCGACUUGGGGGAAUGUGACUCACUGAUACUCACCUCUGGGGCCAGAUGUGGGGAUCCUGUCUCUAUGCACUGGUUUGUGUGAGGAGGUGGCUCUUGUCAGUGGACUCCUGUGUUUGCCUCAGAGGCGCAGUAAGUUGGAUGCUGCCACUGCUUCAUCCCACUCCCACAUUAUGCCUCAUGCUACUUAACAGAAGCAUAUUGCACUUUAUUUGCUGUUCUUGCAACCCCUCCUUCCCCUCCCCAGGCAUUUGGGGGAGUGGACUAACAACACGUAGGUGUGGCCACUACUGGAAGUUCUCUUGGAUAGACUUGCAGGCCUUGGACUAUCUUUUGGGCGAAAGCGACAGGGCUUUUAGGGAAGCGACCAUUUCACACACACCCCACCCCACCUCCCUGAAAAUAAUGAGGCAGCCCUGGCUGCCGGACUGGUGGCAAGUUGUUCAGGUUUAAAGAUGCAAGAAAAAUAGCAUUGGAAUCUGUUCUACGAUCACCAAUAUCAAUACAGGUUCUCUGGUGGCUCUAGAUUAUAUGCAAAUACUUGCCUUGGUUUUAGUUUUAUCUUCUAAUUUUAAAUUUAAUUUUUUUGCUACCUACUCUUGGUUCUUAGUCUCUCCAGCUGAUUCUUCCAACUAAAGUGGGCAUUUAGGAAGAGGAGAGAGAUCUUGAUCGUCACAGGUAAUGACAAAAGAGCAUCUCAGGUGCUCUCAUUUGUAUAAGGAAAUGACUAGUGGAUAUUUCUCUUUGCAUAUUACAGUGCAAUUGAGCUAAAACUGCUUUGAAUAAGUCUGCAUCUUCAUUUACUGACUGCAGCUGGUUCUUGCUGACUAUGGGGGUUAGCUUAUGUAAGCUGGACGAUGUGGAGAACUAGGAGGGUUGUUGCUUUAAAAGAAAACAGACUUUAGGGAACCAUAUGGUCAAAUCUAGGUGUUCCCAAGAUGGAGGUUGCUCCUAUUCAAGUAAUGCUGAAAUUUUGGGUCUAUGGGCACCUGAAUGAGGGUAGAAAUGAUGCUUUCCACUAAUUAAUGCUGAAGCUGUAUCAAGAGGACACUUGCAUCUUCCUUUGCAAAUGUAUAUCUGAUUUUAAUUUACCAGUUUCUUUCUGUCCUUCCCAUACUUGCUCCGAUUUCUGCAGAGGAAAUUAGGAAUAUUGUAGUCCAGGGUAGAGCAUUCCUGGCUACAGGUAGAAAAUGUUCACUGUCAUGUCUGGGUGGAGGAGAAAUGGUUCCUUUUGCCUUGUAAUUGCUUGGCUGGAAAACUUUAGAGCAAAAGCUUUAAUUUGAUUCUGAAGAGUCAAGGAUGCCUUCUCAUCUGUGUCCGCUGAAGGAUGUGGAGGAAAAGGAUGACAUUUCAGAGCUUGGGAACAAUAUCACUUGAGAGGGAGUUGAUGGUGGAAAUGACCGCUGGGUCCUCUGCAGCAGGGGCUGUAAUUCAGCUCCAGGCUGGUGGAUGAGCAACCUUUUUUUGGUGCCCCCUUCUGGCAGUGGUUCCCCAUCCUUUGCAGAGGGCCUGCACUGCAUUGACAAAGUGGACUCCCCAACAGCUUUUGCAUGUGAUGUCAGCAGAAGCUGUCCUUUCCCCUCUGCCUCCAGACUGUGGCAUAUAAGAAAAGAGUUUGGCUGUAAAUAGUGUGCAUAAUGUUACUGUCGCCACCUAAUCGCUAAUCCUUGAAUCUUGAAAGAGAUUGAUGUGAGGUCUGGGGAAGAUCAUGUUGGCCACUCUUGCAGUCUUUUCCCUUUUCUGGCCCUGGGGAGGGAAAGUGAUGCUGGCAACACCUCCACAUGCCAAAGGGAGCUUGACCCAUCUCCAGAACUGAGAUGGCUCCACUCGGCCUGUUUUCAUAGAUUGGACUUGACCCAAAGUGGUUUUCAUGUCAUCUGUGUAGUUGGUUACUGUGAUCAUUUUUAGACCUUGAACAUCAUUUAUUAAGCACUGUUGAUUAAAUCCAUCUUUAAAGUCUUGGAUUCCUUUUUCUACCAAAAAUAAAACAAGGAUGUAAAUACUCUU